AAGAUUUACCACUGUCGUAAACCGGAAUCACCUGCGGUAGUGAAGCGUGGAGUCCGUUCAUCACAUCUUCUGAAUGUUUAGGUUUUUUUGGUUCAGAAAACUUAACAGUUACGAACUGUAAGAUCACACAGAUCGGAGGACAAGAGUGAGGGAUAACGACCUGCAAGGAUGUUUAAAAAAUUUGAUGAAAAGGAAAAUGUUUCAAACUGUAUUCAACUGAAGACAUCUGUUAUUAAGGGUAUAAAGAAUCAGCUGUUAGAUCAGUUUCCCAACAUCGAUGAUUGGCUCAACCAGAUAAUGCCCAAAAAGGACCCUGUCAAAAUUGUGAGAUGUCAUGAGCAUAUUGAAAUUCUUACGGUAAACGGAGAGCUACUCUUCUUCAGACAGAGAGAAGGACCCUUCUAUCCCACCCUCAGACUUCUACACAAAUAUCCCUUCAUUCUGCCACACCAACAAGUAGAUAAAGGAGCCAUCAAAUUUGUUCUGAGUGGAGCUAAUAUAAUGUGCCCAGGCCUCACAUCACCAGGAGCCAAACUCUACCCUGCUGCAACAGACACAGUAGUCGCCAUAAUGGCAGAAGGGAAGCAGCACGCGCUUUGUGUGGGAGUCAUGAAGAUGUCUGCAGAUGACAUAGGCAAAGUAAACAAGGGAAUUGGAAUUGAGAACGUUCACUAUCUGAAUGAUGGACUGUGGCAUAUGAAGACGUAUAAGUAAUGAGAGAUGAGAAGAUGUGCUGGAAUCGUUCGGACCCCUUGUCACCAGGCUGCCCAUCUACUGUUUACAUGAAUGGACUCAACUGUGUACCAUGCCGAAAGCUUUGAAAGCGACCCUAAUUUAAUGCACAAAUAAAACCUGCAUUCAAGUCAUCCAAACUGAAAUGGUCUGUUGCUACAGUGAGAGCUGAAUUGUGUCAUGGCAGCUUAAAGCCUGUUUAAACAAGUGUAUAAUUCUCAGUUGCCCAAGACAGAAAUCAUCUGGUAUUUACUUAAACGAAAUUACUUGCAAAAGAUGAGUUAUACAACACAUGCCAUUAAAUACUCUGUAUCAUAUGCAUUUCUAGACCAUAUGUUUUCUUCGUUUUUAAUAUUUUUGUUUGCACUUAAAGCAGUAAACUUACAUUAAUGACAAUGUAUCUCAAAGAA